UCGCACGGCACGGCACAGGGCACAGGGGAGGCUCAGGAAAGUCAGGAGCGAGAAGGCGCCUUCCCCACGCCGUCUUGGAAUUGGUCCGUGCUCCGGCAGCGGCGGCGGCGGGAGGAGGAGGAGGAGGAGGGAAGCGAGGCGAGGGGAUGGCGCAGCCGAGCAAGGAGCCGUGCAAGAAGGAGGCGUGCGACAUCCAGGCCUGCCUCUCCAAGAACAUGUUCGACUCCAGGAAGUGUGUGAGAGUUAUUCAGUUACUUCAGUCAUGCUGUGAGCAAUGCGAGUACAAAUCAACACAUUGUGGUUCUGUGUCCGGAUUACUUAAGAACAUUUCUAAGUGAAGAUACAAUACCGACAUGGUUUACUGCAGCCACUGAAUAAAAGUUCUGUUAGGUUACCUUAGGACUCUCUAGGGGACACAGCAAUAUCUCUUAUGGAUUAAGGAUGUGACUCGACAGUAAUGCAGACAUCCUCAACCUGCAGAAUGAUGCUCUGGUCACUGAGUUGUUUGGUACUGAGUUGAACAGCAUAGAUGUUUGUUAACGAUCGGUUCUGAUUCCUGUAUACCUGUGGUAUCCUUUGUAGUUCUUGAGCUCCUCUACACAUGUAAUCCCAUGUUCCUGUCUUGAAUAGCUAAAUAAGUGAACCCCAUGUUACCUAUCAUACAAUUAUCCAUAUGGAGAUAUUUUAGUGACCCCAAAGUUCUGUAUGAUCUCAAUGCUCACCGAGCCAUGUUCUGUGGCAAGAAAAUCAAACGUGGAUAAACAUUUAGGAUGGCAAUUUAUCUCUUGGGCAGAAACUUGUGAUGUAAGAUAUGUGAUUCAAAUAAGCAAACUCUGUGAGGUCAUUUCAGCAUCA